AUGCCGGAAGGGGGCUUCCAUGCGCGUCGCGAUCCGACCCAACAAAAUGUGGGCAGCGCUGGUACAAUUUAUGGGCUUCAAAGCCAGCACCGUGUCUACCGCUUUGCAUGGAUAUGUGCGUUGUAUUUUGAAAUGACAGCGGCUCGUGCCAUGCUGGACGAGGUUCACGAGCCGCUGGCUUCUCAACCACGGGAGGAUCCCAACAACUACCUCCUUGGAAGCAUUUGUCAACAUAAUGUCGUGAUUGCUUGCCUGCCUGAUGGGCAGUACGGAACCAACGAUGCGGCAAAUGUGGUGGCGAACCUCCAGCGAACCUUCCCUUCCAUCGAAUUUGGAUUGAUGGUAGGGAUUGGGGGUGGAAUUCCGGAUAAUGAGGAUAUCCGCCUCGGCGAUAUCGUGGUUGGGACAAAGAUCGUACAGCAUGAUCUGGGCAAGACCCUAGGGGAAGGGAAAGUCCAUCGGACAGGUCAACCAGUCCGUCCCCCCCGUGCUCUUAACACUACCAUCUCUACCUUACGAUCCAAACAUGAGCUGCAGCCAAAUCGAAUCUCCUUUAUUGUAGAGGAAAGAAUGGGGAAAUAUUCCGACUACUGUCGCCCGAAAGCGCCAGAUAGCCUAUUCCAAAGAGAAUAUCAACACGUACAGGGAGUAUUUGGGUCACCGUGCGGCGGUUGCGAUCUCUCCAACGUACACCCACGAAGUCCGCGGCCUUCAGAUGUCCCCAGAAUUCACUAUGGAGGUAUUGCGUCAGGUAACCAGGUCUUGAGGGAUGCCACUACCCGUGGCAUGAUUGGAACAGAGCUAGAUGUGCUGUGUUUUAAGAUGGAGGCUGCUGGUUUUAUGCACGUUCUUGAUUGUCUAUGCAUCCGAGGUAUCUGUGACUAUUCGGAUAGCCACAAGAAUAAGGCAUGGCAAAAGUAUGCCGCAGCCGUGGCAGCGGCAUAUGCGAGAGAGUUGCUGGAAAAUUUCCCGCAGUCCUCCAGGCCCCCAGUCUAUCAACUGCCCAUCACUGCAAUCCAAGAUUCUGGUAAGUCAAAGACAGCCUCUGGUGUUCUCGACCGAAACUCAAUGGUGGAAAUCCUCAAAUAUCCCCAGAUGGACAGUCGACAGGAUAUCAUUGAGACCGCCGAGGAGCAUACUUGCCGCUGGUUUCUCGCCACCUCCCGUUAUCGAACUUGGCUAGAUCCCGAACAAUUGAAGAUCUCGCAUGGAUUUCUAUGGAUUACCGGGAAGCCUGGGGCUGGCAAAUCCGUGAUGAUGAAGUUCCUUUCCACGGAAAUGCGGGAGCAAGGCCAAAAAACCAAUGGGGUCGUCGUCUCCUUCUUCUUUGAUACUCGUGGCAGCAUCUUGCAGAAGUCAGUUGCUGGCAUGUACCGAUCAUUGCUUCACCAACUCUUCGGAGCUUACCGGGACCUUCCAAGUAUUUUGGAUCGUCCUGAAUUCAGAGCUAAAACUGAGGACACGCACCUAGCGGUGGAUAAUCUCAAGGCGUUACUGAAGGCCGCAGUUCUAAAGCUUGACAGGCGCCGCCUUACCUGCUUUAUUGAUGCUCUUGAUGAGUGUGAUGAGCAGCAAGCUCUAGCGAUGAUCAACUUUCUUGAUAAUCUCACAAAAUUAUCAACUAGGAACGAUAUUCCGCUUCGCAUAUGCCUUUCAAGUCGUCCAUACCCACAUAUGCUGAUACCAACCAGCAUCCUGUUGACGUUAGAGGAUCAACCAGGCCAUGCUGCCGAUAUGGAAAGCUACAUCUCAAAUAACUUACGCAUCGAAGACCCGAACCUUGCUGAGGAGUUGAAGCUGAAAAUCAUACAAAAGGCUUCUGGGGUCUUCAUGUGGGUAGUGGUGGUAAUCCCAAUUCUUAAUGAUUAUGAUCGAUGGGGUCGCCCAGCUAUAAAACGACAGCUCGAAGAGCUUCCAGACACUUUGAGUAUUAUUUUCAAAGACAUUCUUACGCGAGAUAAGAAUAGCCCGGAUGGCCUCCUCUUCUCUGUCCUCUGGGUUCUCUACGCAAAGUGGCCGCUGACACCAGAAGAGUACUACCACGCCCUGUGGUGUGGACUAAACCUGAGAGGUCACGCAGAUGCAGAAAUUCCCGAUAUUUCUGAUACAUUUGUCAGGAGAAAAAUUAACCGAUAUAUUGUUACUUCAUCAAAAGGUCUUGUCGAAGUUACAAAGUCCAGUGUUCCAACUGUACAAUUCAUUCAUGAGACUGUCCGAGACUUUCUGUUGAAAGAAAAUGGACUUGAAUAUUUAUUGCCGCAUUCUGGACCUGGACGCAACAGUAUCUGUCACGACAUGCUCAAACAAUGUUGUAGUGCAUAUUUGAGUCUUUGUUCGAUACACGAUAUUGAUGGCGGAGGAUCUCACGGCUCUCACCCGUUUCGGAGAUACUGUAGUUUGAAUAUUCUACAUCAUGCCAAUGCCGCAGCAGAACAUGUACCACAACGUUCCUUUCUUACCGAGCUCGAUCUCCCAAAUCUAGUUCAAGGUCUCCGAGUGUUCCAAAAGCCAUGCAAAUACACCUCAGCGGUGAGCUUGACAUACAUACUUGCAAGAGAAGGACUCUCUAAACUCAUUCCCACCUGGCUAGAAAUUUGCCCAAAUAUUCACAUAUAUGGAGAGAAAUUCAGACAUCCAUUGUUCGCUGCCGUGGAUCAAAGCCAUGACACGACAGCAGCUCUCUUAGGUGUCACGCCAGGAAGCCCCGACUAUCAAUUAGUCAAACGGAUGGAUGCGGCUGCCUUCGAUGCCACCCCGCUUUGCUUGGCUUGUCGGAUUGGAGACUUGGACAUGGCCAGGCUAAUCCUCAACUCAGGAGGUGAUCUCAAUUACAUCAAUAAACAAGGCAAUAGCCUACUCUGGGUAGCCUUGAAAGGAGGGCAUGACAGCCUUUCAGCAUUUUUGAUUGAGAGAGGAGCGGAUAUCAAUGGCAAGUUUCAUUUAGCCAACAUGUACCUCGGGCUGGCAUCGAGCAAAGGCUAUUAUGCAACGGCCAAGUGUCUACUUGAGCGGGGAGCAGUCGUCGAUUCCAUCACUUGGUCUUGGCAGACACCACUGCUCGAAGCCUCUCAGAAUGGCCACCAAGGCAUUGUAAGGCUUCUGGUUGAAGCGGGAGCCGAUUUAACUCGUACCGAUCAAAAAGGCAGGACAGCACUAGCGGUGGCUUCUAGCAGAGCCUAUCCGGACACCAUGAAGCUCUUGAUUGAGCAUGGGAGUGAUGUCAAUACCAAAGAUAAGCAAGGUUCUAAGCCACUUGCAUUGGCCUUAAGGGCUGGCCAAUGGCAAGUGGCAAAAAUACUUAUCGAAAAUGGGGGCGAUCUUAACUCAUCCGAUCUCAAUGGUUGUCCGUUACUGCUGAGAAGCUCACGUAGGAGGCGUGGAGACGUCGUGGAGCUCCUUAUUCAGCACGGAGAAGAUGUGUCGAUGCUAUCAGAAGCUCCAGUACAAGGCCCUACGCGAGAUCCGCCUAAAAAUCAUAUACCAACAACAGAUCUGCCAACCGGUACAGAUGUGUUCGAUGAUUUCUUGAAAAAUUUCCUUUAUGAGUGA